AGCAUCGCGCAGUGUAAACAUAAAAUUAAUUGAAAGAGGAAAGUAUUCAGACAUAAUUUUAUUAGUGUUUGAACGUAAGCAGGUUGAGUAAUCAUAAUUAGAGUGUGUUAACAAAAUUAUGCAUCUUCAUCUAAGCUAAAGCAAUGGAUAUUCUACAAGGCUAUGAAAGCGGAGACUCAACUGAAGAUACAAGUCAUGAUCCGUGUAGUGACUACCCUCAAUCAAAGAGCUGUAAUUCAACUGAAGAGUCAAGUCGUGAUUCAUGUAGUGGCCAUCCGAAAUCAACAGAAUUAGAAAAAUUGACUGCGGACAACGAUCAGAAGAAUAAAAGUUUUGAAAGUGUGGAUUUCUUUUCACUCACAUCAACUGAAAUAGACAGGGAAAUAGGAACACUAGAAAAUGAUUUUUCAUCUACAAGUCAAAAGUGUCACAUUAAUAUGUCUCGCUCAGGAAACCAACAACCAUUUUCAACAUCAUCCUCAGAAAAUACAGGAAUGCCCAGAGGUAUAUAUUGCAGCGAGGUAUCAAGAAAUGAAUGUAGUAUUGUAAAUGUACCAGAAAGUUAUACUUGUCGAAACCAGAACAAUGUAGCCACCAGAAGAAAGGCAAAAAGACAUCAAGAGUGGAACAGAUCUAAUGAAAAAACAUUUGAGAAAUGUGAAAAUAGGCAUUCAGCCUUUACUGAUGAUAUUCAACCUUAUGUUCCAAAGAAAAAAAAGACAACAUUUGUGCCUGAAGAAAAAGAUAAAGAUUCUGCAAGCAAACCAUUCAUACCUAAUAUGUUUACAACCCCAACACUUAUUGCUGCAAAUCUUGAGAAUACGCCUUCACAGUUGCCAAAGACUAAAUACAUUACCUUCAGUGAUGCGCAUUCGGCGGCAGUAACCCACACAAGGUGGAAUAUUCCGAGGUACAGUCAUCUAUUCCUGAGUGCGUCAUUUGAUAAAACCGUCAAAAUUUGGGAUUGUGUGGAUAUUAAUACAUGUGUCGCGUCCAUUACGUCGCAUCAGAAUGGAGUGAAGGACGCACAGUGGAGCAAAUGUGGACGUCAAAUUCUUAGCGGUGGAUUUGACCAUUCUGUUCAACUCCAUGAUGUAGAGACAGGUACACCAUAUCAUUCCAUCCAUAGUGCUUCCAGUGACGGCACCAGCGGUGGGGAAAAAUACACUUGUCCAUGUUUAAAAGUCCACCCAAAGGAAAAUGUGUUCCUUGCACAGUCCAAUGGUAAUUAUAUCGCAAUGUUCUCCUGUAAACGACCGUACAAACUCAACAAAUUCAAACGAUUUGAAGGCCACAAGAUUGAAGGAUACCCAAUCGGAUUUGAUUAUUCACCCGAUGGGAACAUAAUCACAAGUGGAAGCUCUGAUGGCUGUGUAUAUUUUUAUAGUUACAAAACCUCAAAACUGAUAAAGAAACUUAAAUGUGAUGGGGAUAAUAUAUGCACUGAUGUGGCAUAUCACCCUGUGCUACCUGGGGUAAUGGUCACAUGUUCAUGGGAGGGCAGUGUAAGUGUUUGGCAGUGAAUACACUGCAUGCUGGGAAAACAACAGAGGCUGGUCCAGCCAUAUUUUGGACAGCAACUAUGAUUAUAACGACUACUAAUAGGAUGAAUGGCUUGAAAAGCCAGGCCUUGUCUAAGCUACAACUCUUGGAGUAUGGAUCUGAUAUGCAAUAAAUAUAAUUUUUU